UUGGCUAGUGUUUUUAUUGUAAUAUUGUAUUAUUUUCUUACAUAGCGAAGUAAGUAUUAAUAACCAAUUGAUCAGUGGUUCAUAACUAUUAAAAUGAGUACAAAUCCCCCCGUACCACCACCACUUCCAGCUGAUAAUACCAUCACUCCUCUAAAAUUAUACCAAACACAAAAUUCACUGAGUGAUUCUAUUUGUCAAUGGACUACUGAGCUGGAGUUACGAGAAGCUUGUGCAAAAAAUAACAUUUGUCUUUACAAAGCUCCUCAUCAGUUCAAAUAUAACAACUUUAAAGCUAUUACACAAGUGGGCCCAACUUGUGGCUUAGUAGCAUUAUCUAUGCUUUUAAAUGGAGAGGUUAGCCCUGAUGAGUUACUGAAUAUAGUUAUAGCAGAAGGUUACAGCAAUAAUGGUGAGAUGUUUAGUUGUCAGAAUAUGGUACAACUUGUUGAAAAAGUAUUAAAUCUGUCUAAAAAAAAUAAUGCCAGUUUCCAUUUAAGACAUGGACUUUAUAGCAAAGAAAUAAUACUUGAAUUGUUGAAUGGUGCUACUUUGUUAGUUGCAUAUGAUGCAGAUUGCAACCACUCACCCUGCCUUCGACAUGGACACACUGCACAUUGGGCAUUAGUGUGUGGAAUUUUAAUUAUAGAUGACCCUAAUGGAAAUUAUUUAUCUGAUCCUAACAAUAUUUACAUAUUUUGUAGGCAUGGAAAGUCGAAAUAUCUUGCCAUGUGGCGUUUAGCUGAUUUAGAUAGUAGUAAUAACAAUUUAAAUGAGUUUAAUCCCAAGAAAAAAGAAGAUGGUUUGUUAUAUAUUUUACCCGAAGGUGGCAUGGGUGGAAAAAAUGGCUUAAAAGGCCAGUUUGUUAUGUUUAAAGGUCUUUGACAAUGUUGACAUUUAUUAAAUAAGUUUAAAAUUGUUAUUUAUAUGAUAUUUGUUAUUUAUACUUGAUUUAUAUAACUAACUUUAAUAACAUCAAUGUCUUUAUGAA